UUUCGGUAUUUACCGUAAUAACAAACGACACAUUGUCUGAACACAGUCUGAUCCGUAAAUCAUUGUCGUACGGAGGAAAAUAUGGAAAGAGAAUCAUCAGUGAAGUCGAAUUGGGUUUUGGUCACUCACAGGUCACUAGUCACAAACUUGACCGUCCAUGGAAGACAGAGCUGCUGUAUCUUCUUCAUUGCCAUUACCAUCUUCAUCGGCAGAAGAGUUCAAAGAUCAUGUGAUGAGCGAGGUCCACUUGGGUUGCCCACCUGCUCAUUCUGGCUCCCACCAUUCCUACUUCUUCUUCUCCGCUCCUCCUCCUGAAGUUGAAGCAGAUUCAACGCAAAAAUCGGUUUUGCUGGAUGAGGAUGGCGAUCUUGUUCUUACUAGACGCAGCAAAUCAUCAACAAAAAAAAUUCGUGUGGUUAUCCAGCAUAAUAUAACAUCUUCAAUUCCAAAUGUGGGUUUGCAAGUGUGGAAAGCAGAACUGUUGUUGUCUGAUUUUUUGUUGGAUAAGAUGUUUACAUCGUCUGAAUUUGAGGGAAUUGUUUCAUUAGAACUUGGUGCUGGCACUGGGUUGGCUGGUAUAUUACUUGCUCGUGUUGCUAAAACUGUGUUUUUAACAGACCAUGGUGAAAAGAUCCUCAACAACUGUGCUAAGAAUGUCGACCUUAAUACUGAAUCAAUUAAUUGUCGAGCUAUCAUUCAUGUUCGUGAACUUGAUUGGAUGAACUCCUGGCCUCCUCAAAUAGGCCUCCAAGACUCGCCUACUUCUAAUCGGCAUUUAUGGACCUCCUCAGAAGUUGAAGAAGCACAGGGAGCUUCUAUACUUCUAGCUGCGGAUGUCAUAUACAGCGAUGAACUGACCGAUGCAUUUUUCAGUACAGUAGAAAGAUUAAUGUCUAUAGGAUCAGAAAAGGUACAAUACAAUAACAUUAAAAUGGUCCAUAGUAAGACCUGCAAAUAUAUUAGUAAGAAUAGUAUCAUUAAUGGGAAUCAUUUUGUUUAUCAGGUGCUUUACUUAGCAAUGGAAAAGCGCUACAACUUCAGCCUUGACGAUCUCAAUGUCGUUGCAAAUGGUUAUGCACAUUUCCGAAGCUAUCUGCAAGACGAAGAAGAUUUUGAAGGAAUUGAAGAUUGUUCAAGGCCUUGCUUUGUGGCCAAGUGCAUUGACAUGUCAAAAAUUCCUCAAUAUGUGAGAGAAUAUGACAGAGGACAUGAAGUUGAGAUUUGGGAGAUUAAGUACCAUAGAAGAAAAUUCUAGUCUGUCCUAUAAUAUUAUUAUCAUUACUACUUUUUGGUAUGCAGAAAAUUCUAGUCAUGGUUUCCUCCACAUGUAAUAGUACUUUUCCUUUUGUAAAGUAUAUAAUAUCAGAAUCUACUGUUAAAGAAACAAGAAAGGGUAUAUCAGAAUCUGUACUAGUGCUCUAGUGCAUUGUGUGGUGGCCAUUGCUAUAAAAAGCUAAAAGCUAACUCAGCAAGUAAUCGUUACACCAGACAUUUCAGCUUCAA